UUUUCCAAGUCUUAUCAUGCGCGCAGUGGCCAUCUCUCUCAUUCUCUUCCAGCUCUAGGUUGACUUAUUAUUAUUUUUUCUCGUCUUAAUUUUUACAACCAUGUUUGAUUCCGUGCUGGAGUUGAUCUCUCAGGCUGCAUCCAACUCUGUCUUCAUCUUCUGUUUCUGCCAUUUGAUCAUUGUGGUUAUCCUUGUGGGCUCGAAAUCCAGCCCCAACUUAGACAAAGAAGAGGAAAUUCCAGUUUCAGGGAUCAUCAACACAAGCACAUAUCAAAAACAAGGAAGAAAGAGCGAGCAGUUGUUCGAUGGCAAGGAAUUGUCAUAUUCCCAGGAAGCAGCACCGGCUGCUGACAAGGAGGAAAAAGGUAACAGUGAUGAUCAUGACAACAAGGAUGCGGAUAAGGAUGGUGAAGAUCAUCAUGAUGAACUGAGGAGAAGGGUAGAAGAAUUUAUAGAAAAGGUUAACCAAGGAUGGAAGGAAGAGUUGUUGGGUAAACGCGAGUGUGGAAUGGGAGCCUGCAAUACCUGCAAUGUGAAUUUGCGUACGAGAUGAUCUGAUCUUUAGGGUAAUAAUGCCAAAAACUUUUGUAAAUUCCUAACUCUGAUGAGAAUUUGCUAGAAAAUUUCGAUUGUACUAUUAAAAGUAGAUGUUGAUAGGAUUGGUGUAGAUAGGUUUUAAAACAUGACAUGUUUUGAGUCCAAUUUUAAUUGGAAUAUGAUUCCUUAAAUGUGGAAUAUUUAUCUCUCUCUUA